AGCUCUCAUAUCAGCAACACUAAAAAUAUUCAUUAGCUUCUCUACAUCCCAACGCAGCUCACCUUCAACAAACAAAUCACAUACUCUCAUGGCUUCAGGAACAAACAUCGCCUCAUCUAAAGGCAUAAAACCAAUAUCCCGAGGAAUCCAAGGGCAAUUAACAACAAAAACCUGCUUACCAUCGCCAAUUCGCCGCCUUACCCCACGUUGCAACAUUUGUUGAGUCGCCAAAUUUUCCCUAUUGUACACGUGCAGCCAACGGUCUAUUUGAUCCUCAACUUCACAUAGCUCAACAACGGUUCACAUUCUCCUCUUUGCGCGCGCAACUGAGCCAAACGAGAUUUUUCCCCCACUGGUGAUAGGCUCUUAGCUGAUGAAACGAACCGCACUAGGAAUUAAAUUCGGCUUUCCUGUUAUGGAUAAUCCAAUUCUGGGUGGGAAUAAUGCUUUUUUUUUUUUUUUCAAAUUCCGAAUUAAGGCUUUAUUGGACGUCUCGCUCGUUCCCCGCCCACAACUUCAUUUCCUACUUGUAAUCGCACAUUUCUUCUGGUAUCCGAUUCUGCUUCUUCUCAUCACCUCGCAAUUCCGUGAUGCCUAUAUAAUUCUAUGAUGCAAAUUCCCAUGAACACCGUUUCCUUCUGCCUUUCUCUCUUUUAUCUGGAGUUUGUCCCUUCUUACUGUUCUCGAAUUAUACUUAUUUCGGGAUUUCAAGGGAAGCUGAAGCGAUUUGUCUCCAAAACAAACCGGAGGUGCUUAUUGGAGCAUGUCACGGGAGAUGGGUAGACUCGGAACAUAACGCGGUGCACUUUCACUGUGCUCCCUUUUAGUUGAACUCUGCAGGAAUUAAUCAGUUCCAUGCCAGCUAUACAAUGGACGAGAGUUACAAAACUAUUAUAGGUGACAAGACAUCUGAGUUUCAGCAUAUGGCUGGUAGUGAUGGUGUUCAAGAACCACGUAUAUGGUCAUCUCCUGAAGGAGGGCGUAAAAUUGAAAUUGGAAAACAGAUCUUCUGCAACAGAUCAUUGAAUAUGAGGAACAUUUUAGCUGUAGGCUUUGAUAUGGACUACACAUUGGCACAGUAUAUACCUGAAACCUUCGAGUCCCUUGCAUAUGAAGGCACAAUCAAAAAGUUGGUGUAUGAUUUGGGUUAUCCGCAAGAGUUGCUAGGGUGGUCAUUUGAUUGGAAAUACAUGGUCAGAGGCUUGGUUCUUGAUAAAAAAAGAGGCAAUAUUUUGAAGAUGGAUCGCCAUAAAUAUGUGAAAGUGGCCUACCAUGGAUUUCAAGAGAUGUCUAAGGAAGAAAAAGUUGGUACCUACGGGAAUACUCUGAUAAGAGAUUCUUUUGAUGAGCCUGAUUAUGCACUCAUCGAUACUCUUUUUUCAUUAGCUGAGGCCUACUUGUUUGCCCAGCUUGUUGACUUUAAGGACAGUAAUCCAGGAAAGAUACCAGAGAGAGCAGAUUAUGCUCGAAUGUACAAGGAUGUUCGAGCUGCAGUUGAUUCGUGCCAUCGCGAUGGAACUUUAAAGCAAACGGUUACAAAAGAUCCAAGAAGGUAUAUCAAUGAGGAUACAUCUAUAGUUCCCAUGCUCAAAAUGCUCCGAGAUUCUGGUCAUUCUACUUUCUUGGUGACAAAUAGUUUAUGGGACUAUACAAACGUUGUGAUGGAUUUUCUUUGUGGAUCCCAUGUUUUGGACAGCAGUAGAGCUUGCAAUUUUGAUUGGCUCAUGUACUUUGACAUCGUCAUCACUGGAAGUGCAAAACCAGGCUUCUUCCAUGAAGACAAUCGUGCUAAUCUUUUUGAGGUUGAACCCGAGUCUGGAAUGCUACGCAAUACUGAUAAUGGCACUCCAAUGCCUCAGGUGGGAAAUAGUUCCCCAAGGAUAGUAUUGAAGAAAUCAAAUGCGCCUUGUCAAAUUUUCCAGGGAGGCAGUGUUGGACAUCUUCAUAAACUGCUCUCAAUUGAGUCAAGUUCACAGGUUCUAUAUGUGGGAGAUCAUAUAUAUGGAGAUAUUUUACGCAGCAAAAAGGUUCUUGGUUGGAGAACAAUGCUUGUUGUCCCAGAGCUUGAGAGAGAGGUUAAACUGCUUUGGUCCUUGAGAAAUUCACGAAAGCUACUCAGAUUGAUGAGGAAUGAACGUGAUCAAAUUGAAGAUCAAAUACAUCACAUGAAGUGGUUUCUGAAAUUUGAAGAUCUUAAUGUUGAUCAGAAGCAGAAGACAUCUGAUGGAAUAGAUGAGUUGGAGUCCCGAAGGGAUCAAGUAAGAACAAGUCACCAACAGGAUCAACGAGAAUGUCACCAAAAGUUUCACAAGAUCUGGGGACAACUAAUGAAGACAGGUUAUCAAAAUUCUCGGUUUGCUCAUCAGGUUGAGAGAUUUGCGUGCCUUUAUACGAGCCAAGUAUCCAACUUAAGCCUGUAUUCCCCUUACAAAUACUACAGACCAUGUGAAGAUUUCAUGCCCCAUGAAUUUGAUAUUCUGCCCCUGUGAGUCCAUUUUUGGUUGCUGACUUGCUUUUUGAGCGAGUUUUUGGCUGUGGGAAGGAAAACAACAUUGCACCGCCAUAUGGGUUUUCUUUCGCCCUUUGCCUUUCUCUGUUUGGAUAUUUUUAGUUAAAAUUUGCUUCCCUGUAAUUAAAUCAUGCAACAAUAUCUGACGAUGAUACAGUUUCUUGUAAUUGUAUUCUAAUGUUGAUCAUUUGAGCUUGUGCUUA